UCACGGCACUCCAAGCUGGAGAAGGCUGACAUCCUGGAGAUGACAGUCAAGCACCUGCGGAGCCUCCAGCGAGCCCAGAUGACUGCUGCUUUGAGCACAGACCCUACGGUGCUGGGCAAGUACCGUGCUGGCUUCAGUGAGUGCAUGAACGAGGUGACACGCUUCCUCUCCACCUGUGAGGGUGUCAACACCGAGGUGCGCACUCGGCUCCUGGGCCACCUGGCCAGCUGCAUGACCCAGAUCAACGCCAUGAACUACCCUGCACCCCCACCACCACCACCACCGCUGCCACCAGCUGCAGCCUUUGGGCCACCCCUGGUGCCGCCGGGCAGCGCUACAGGGCCGCUCCCGGGCAUGCCCUGCAAGCCAGGCACUGACACGGCCAAGGUGUACAGUGGCUUUCAGAUGCUGCCAGCCUCCGAUGGGCAAUUUGCCUUCCUCAUCCCCAGCACUGCCUUUGCUCCUGGCGGAGCUGUGCUGCUUCCCUCAGCUGCCACUGCUGCCUCGCCGCCUGGCCCGCCACCCGGCACAGCUGACUCGGUCUGGAGACCCUGGUGA